AUGGACACCAUCUCGUCGUUUAUCGCUCACACAGCCCUGACACCGAUGCUGAUACAUGCCGAGACAAUCUCCCAGGACAUGCGCAUCAAGCUUCAGCUUCUCGAAUUCAUCACUACGUGCAAUCAGAAUCAAUAUAAUAGCACAACAGCAAACAAUCAAUCAUCACGGCAUGGAUUCGGAGAGCAGAAGGAAGGAUUUACGAUCUCGACUGAACGUCAAGUCUACCCACCACACUCGAAACCCGAGGCCCCGAGACCACACAUUGAUACGAACAACGACCGUACCCAACUAAGACUGGACAUCCUUCCUGCCAUCGCCUAUGCAUUCAUCUCCGUGUGCAUCGUCGCAAAUGACCAUUUGUCCAACACUAACUGGGCCGAUAUUGCAGCCCAGCUCAUGCUAAAAGCUGCGUCUGAGAAACAUGGUUCUCAUGGGAGUACAACGCCCGACAUAUUUUAUGAAUUGAUAGCCCAAGCACCAGAGGCGCUCAAAAAACAGCCUGACUGGCAACGAGUGGCUGAUAAGUAUGAAACUUACCUACAGCCACCGCUCGGACUUCUGGAAACCGCACUGAAACGCCUGCCUACGCAUCAACUUGGAACCAUCAUUAUCGAGUUCUUGUUUGAUCUCAUGAGGUGCCUGAACCCCCCGGUUCUGUUACAGCUCGAGAGAGGGAAGCUCUAUGGACUGAGCCGAGCGGAAACACAGGGGCUGAAAACCAAGGUUGGACUGCGAUGA